AUUAUAUUCUGAGCCAAAGAGUAAUUGAAGGAAUCAGAAAAUGAAGAAUUACUCUUUCAUUGUUCUGCUUCUUGUGAUUCUUAAUGUCCUAGCUGCUUCAUCCGGAGAGAGAAAGCUUUAUGUGGUAUACCUUGGGGAGCACAGUGGGGGGAAAUCUUUCAAAGAAAUAGAAGAUCACCAUUGCUCCUUUCUCCACUCUGUCAAGGCUUCCACAGAAGAAACUAAAGCGUCUCUAGUUCACAGCUACAAGAACGUUAUCAAUGGCUUCUCGGCUUGGCUUACCCCUCAAGAAGCCGACAGGAUAUCAGGAAUGGAAGGUGUUAUUUCAGUGUUUCAUGACAGUCCCUUAAAAACAAGACCUCAUACUACCAGAUCUUGGGAUUUUAACAAUUUACUUGAAGAAAUAAAUGGUAAUAAUCCCAUGGGCAGAGAAGAACUGUUGCACAAAGCACGUGGUGGACAGGAUGUGAUUGUGGGUAUCAUGGAUUAUGGUGUGUGGCCAGAGUCUCCAAGUUUUAGUGACAGAGGUAUGGAACAUGCACCGAUACCUCUUUCGUGGAAAGGAGUAUGCAAAGAAGGUCAUGCCUUUACCUCAUCUCAUUGCAAUAAGAAACUAAUUGGAGCUCAAUAUUUUCUGGAGAGUUUCGAAACUACCUAUGGUCCCCUCAACCAGAAAAUAGACUACAGAUCAGCAAGAGAUGUUGAUGGCCAUGGAACUCACGCGGCAUCAACCGUUGGAGGUCAGAGAGUUCCUAACGCUGCCGCUUACGGUGGUUUCGGCAAUGGGACUGCCUCCGGCGGGGCACCACUCGUGCGCCUCGCAAUCUAUAAGGUCUGCUGGCGGCUUCCCGACCACAGUGGAGACAGUUGCCAAGACGGUGACAUUCUUAAAGCAUUCGACCAGGCAAUCUCCGAUGGCGUCCAUGUAAUCAGCGUUUCCCUGGGUGCCGUGCCUGAAGAAGGGUAUCAUACACAAAAUGCCAUAGCCAUCGGAGCAUUACACGCAGUGAAGAACAACAUUGUAGUGUCAUGCAGUGCCGGCAAUGAUGGACCCAAGAAAUCCACGGUGGAAAAUGUGGCGCCUUGGAUAAUCACGGUGGGGGCAAGCAGUAUGGAUCGAUUGUUUUUGUCACCUUUAAAGCUAGGAAACGGCAUGGUUAUUGAGGGACAAACAAUCACUCCUAUUAAUAUGAGAGGAGAGAUGCUUCCACUAGUUUACGCGGGCGAUGUAGAAAUUCCUGAAAAGACCAAUAGCGCUACUAGCGGGCUAUGCAAAGCUGGUACUCUUUCUGAAAACCUCGUAAGAGGAAGGAUUGUCGCUUGCCGGAGUAGCGAUACCAUAUCAGCAUCGCAAGAGGUGCAAAGAGCUGGAGGCGCUGCUACCAUACAACUCAGUCCAUUUGAUGAAAUACAAGUCCAAGCAUUUUUGUCUCCGACAACUGUUGUUUUUAAUUACGAGUUCAAUGAGAUUCUCAAAUACAUAAGGACCGAUGUGAAUCCGACGGCUACUCUUCUUCCGGGAGAGACGGUCCUAGGAGCCAAGCCAGCACCUGUCAUGGCUCCUUUCAGCUCCCGCGGUCCAAAUACUGUUGAACCAAACAUUCUCAAGCCGGACAUUACUGCUCCUGGAUUUAACAUAUUAGCAGCAUGGAGUGGGGUGGCAUCUCCCACGAAUUUGGCAUCUGAUCCUCGACGGGUAAAGUACAACAUAAUAUCAGGAACUUCAAUGUCUUGCCCACACGUCUCUGCCGUAGCUGCCCUUCUUAAGGCUAUUCAUCCUCAUUGGAGCAGUGCAGCCAUAAGAUCAGCCAUAAUGACCACAGCAACUAGUAUUAAUGUGAUGGAGGCACCAAUAGAGAAGUCAAAUGGAUAUUCCGCCGGACCAUUUGAAUAUGGAUCAGGGCAUAUUUUACCGUCAAAAUCAGCAGAUCCCGGGCUGGUCUAUGAUGCAAGUUACGAAGACUAUCUUCUCUUUAUUUGCAACAGCAAUUUCAAUCUUAAAAAUUUCGGUUCUUUCAAGUGCCCAGAAAUUUCUGCCUCUGCUAGUAACCUUAACUAUCCAUCAUUAUCAAUAGCCAAGCUCAAAGGAUCCAUGACAGUUAAAAGAACAGUCACUAAUGUUGGAAAAGACAACUCAAUGUACAAUGUCACAAUUUCACCGCCAUUUGGUUAUGACGUUACUAUUUCUCCGAUGACCUUAAGGUUCAACAGCUAGGGAGAAAAGCAAAGCUUCCAUGUAAUCGUCAGAGCUAAAGGAGUUGAAAAGAGAAAUGGGUCUACCUUCGGUUGGUACUCGUGGAGUGAUGGGGCACAUGUUGUGCGUAGUCCAAUUGUAGUAUCAUCAGCAUAAGGUGGUCCAAUAUUAAUUCAACUUGAGCAACGAUAUGAUAUUUGGGUAAUGCGAGCAAAGAGUACUAUCCUGGAUUAUUAUUAACCAAGAAUGAUAAUGAGAAAUUGCUGUUUUAUUAAUAAUUUUAUCUAUUCGAUAAAGAGUAAA